GCGCGGGUCGAGGGCAGCCAGCUGGAGACUCCGCGGGAGCGCGGCCGGGAGGCCUCGCCCGGAGCGGGCUCAGCGCCUCCCGAGCUGCCCCGGCUCUCGGCGGAGGACGAAGCGUGGGCUUCUUCCUCCGGCCAGGGAAAGCAGAGAGUAUGAAAGCCUAUCUAAAGAGCGCAGAAGGCUUUUUUGUCCUGAAUAAAAGUACUACGAUUGGAAGGCAUCAAGACUCAGACCUUGUUUUAGAGUCUGCAGACAUCGACAACCACCACGCGCUCAUCGAAUUCAAUGAGGCCGAGGGCAGCUUUGUUCUCCAGGACUUCAAUUCCCGCAGCGGCACCUUCGUCAACGGGUGCCACAUUCAGAACGUGGCCGUCAAGCUCUUACCCGGAGACAUCCUGAGGUUUGGGUCUGCAGGGCUGACCUACGAGCUGGUCAUCGAAAACCCAUCCUCGGUUUCCUUCCCAUGGGUGAGGGGCCCAGCACCCUGGUCAAGGCCACAGCCACCUCGGGCCACACAGCAGCCGAACCAGUCACCCCUGCCAUCACAGAUUCCUUUCCACCCGGGCAUCCGGCCAGCGCCAGUGCAGAGGAGCUGGUCCCAGGGGUUCCCCAGGCCCACCAUGGUCCCACCUGCCUCCCACAAGCGGCCCGUGAGCGCCGGCGGGAAGAUGUUCUCCUUCGUGAUGGAUGGCCCCGCCCACGGGGUUCCCAUCAUCAACCAAGUGUGGACCAAUGCCGUGGAAUUGUCGGGACAGUCGGUGGCCGAGGAAAUUCCCGGGGCAGGAUCUUCCAGGGAGAUUUUCAUGGAUGAGGACCUGGGCCAGCAGGAUAAGGAUGAAAUCAUUCUGCUGCUGGGAAAAGAAGUCAGCCGUCUCUCGGAUUUUGAACUGGAAUCCAAAUACAAAGACGCCGUGAUAGCAAACCUGCAGAACGAAGUGGCCAACCUGAGUCAGAAGCUGUCGGAAACAGCCACCUCCAGGCAGAACGAGAGGGUGAUCCCGCCCAAGCUUCAGGUUCUGGAUGAAGACGUCGACGCCAAGGAGCAAGAGAUCCAGAGCCUGAAAAGCCAGAUCAGCGCCCUACAGAAAGGCUACAGCCAGGUGCUGUGCCAAACCCUGUCAGAGAGGAACUCAGAAAUCGCAUCCCUGAAGAAUGAGGGCGAGAACCUAAGGAGGGACCACGCGGUCACAGCAGAGGUGGUGUCAUCUUUAAAAAAAGACGUGUUGAUAAAGGACGAGCAAGUUCAGCAACUAAAACAGGAGGUGAAUCAACUAAAAAGUGAGAACAAAGAAAAGGAUCACCAGCUCGAGGCCCUCAGCUCCAGAUGCUCGGUGCUGAAAGAAGAGUUAAAGAAGGAAGGCGCGCAGAAGGAGCACCGCGAAGCCCAGGAGAAAGAGUUAAAACUCUACAAAACGCAAAUCCACGACAUGGAGAAGGAAGUGAAGAAGCUCAGGGAGGAGCUGAAGAGGAGCAGUACUGAGCAGAGCCUGAUCUCGAAGACGCUGCGGGAAAAGAGCAAGGUUGAAGAGAAGCUUCAGGAAGAUUCCAGAAGGAAAUUGCUUCAGCUCCAAGAAAUGGGGAACAGAGAGAACCUCAUUAAAGUCAAUUUGGAGAGGGCAGUAGGUCAGCUGGAGCACUUCCGAAGUCAAGUCAUCAAGGCCACCUACGGGCGAGCGAAGCCGUUCCAGGACAGACCCGUCUCCGAUCAACAGUUAAUAGAGAGGAUCGCCCAGGUCACUGAGGACAACGUGAACUUGCAGCAGAAAAAGUGGGUCCUGCAGAGAGAGACUCAGCACAGCAGCUCCAGGCAGGAGGAGAUGGCAGAGAUGGUGGAGAAGCUGCAGACAACCCUGGCCAGCUGCCAGGCCUGCAUGAAAAUGUCUUGCUGUAGCAGUGACCUGAAGAAGGAGGUGGCCCUCCUCCAGCACCUGCAGGUGAGCCCCCCGGUCUCCGGGCUCCAGAUGGUGGCGCUGGACAUCCUGCGGUUGUCACUGUCCUGGCUGGAGGAGACGGAGCAGCUUCUCCGGGACGUCGGGAUCCAGCUCUCCAGCUCUGACAAAGGAUUGUCUUUGUAUCUGAAAUAUCUUCUGGAGCAUUAUAAAAAAAUUGCAAACCAGACCCAGGAACUUCAGAUCAAGAUCAGUAGUUCUCAGGAAACUCAGCAGUCUUUGCUGCAGGAAAAGUUGCGGGAGCAUCUGGCAGAGAAGGAGCAGCUAAGCGUGGAAAGGCUACAGGAGGAGGAGAGGCUGAAAGCCAGAAUCAAGCGGCUGGUGGAAGAGAAAGCGGCUUUGGAGGAGAGCAUUACUCAAGAGAAAAACAGAACAAAAGAGGCAUUAGAGGAGGAGCAGAAGAGAGUCCAAGAGCUGGAGAAUCGCUUGACCCGCCAGAAGAAGGCUUUGGAGGAGAGCAUUUCUCAGGAGAAAAACAGAGCGAAGGAAGCACUAGAAGAGGAACAGACCAAAGUCCAAGAGCUGGAGAAUCGCUUAGCCCGCCAGAAGGAGGUCUUGGAGAGCAGCAUGGCCCGUGAGAAAAGGAAAGCAAAGGAAGCCUUAGAGACAGAGAAGAGGAAAGUGCAGGAUCUGGAGAACCACUUAACCCAACAGAAGGAGAUUGCAGAGAGCAGCAUCGCCUACGAGAAACACAAAGCGAUGGAGGCCAUAGAGAAGGAAAAGAAAAAGGUGCAAGAUCUAGAAAACCGCAUAACCAAGCAGAAGGAGGAAAUAGAUUUACAAGUGCAAAAAGAAGACAUCUUAAAUAAUAAAUUAAAUGACGCACUGGCCAUGGUAGAAAAGACCCAGAAAUCAAAGACAGCUGAGUGUCUAAAGGCAGAGAGCCUCACCAUGCAAUUAAAGGAAACAGUAGCUGAACUGGAAACUGCCAAGACAAAGAUGAUCAUGAUGGAGGAGCGGAUACAGCGGCAACAGCACACAGUGAGGGCCCUCCAGGAAGACCACGAAUCCCAGAAGCACGGAUUUGAAAACGAAAUCAUGGAGUACAAGGAGCAGAUCAAACAGCACUCCCAGACGAUCGUGAGUCUGGAAGAAAGACUCCAGAAAGUGACCGAGCAUCAUAAAAAAAUAGAAGGAGAGAUUGCAACGCUGAAGGACAACGAGCCAGCCCAGGAGGGGGACGUGCAGCAGCGGGACCCUGCAGCAGUGCCUCCGUUGGAGAACAGUGGCAAAGACGCAGUGUGCGACCAUCUGAUAGAGGAUUUAUUGACUGCUCAGAAGGAAAUCCUGUCUCAGCAGGAGGUCAUCAUGAAGUUAAGGAAAAACCUUACCGAAGCCCACAGCCGAAUGUCAGACCUGAGAGGGGAACUUAGCGAGAAGCAGAAGAUGGAACUGGAGAGGAACGUGGCCCUGGUCCAGCAACAGAGCAGCGAGCUGAGUGUGCUCAAGGAAAAGAUGGCGCAGAUGAGCAGCCUGGUGGAGAAGAAGGACAAGGAGCUAGAGGUCCUCAAGCAGGCGCUCAGGGCCUCUCAAGAGAAACACAAACUCCAGCUGCACAAGGAGAAGGAGCACAAGCCACGGAACGCGACCCAGACGUGUGACAUCUCGGUGCAGAUAGAACCAAUCCACACAGAUAUUUUCCUGAGCAGCCAAGAGGAGCAGUCCUUCAGUGAUCUGGGAGCCAAGUGCAAAGGAUCCCGACACGAGGAAGUCAUUCAGCGUCAGAAAAAGGCCUUAUCUGAGCUUCGUGCUCGAAUUAAAGAGCUGGAGCAGGCCAGCUCGUCAAAUCACGAGGAACACAUGGAUGAAUCAUUUCUAGAUUUAAAGACUCUCAGGAUGGAAAAAAAUGCCCAGAAAAUACUGGAUGUAAAACCUGAUUUACCAACUCUUUCGAGAAUAGAGAUCCAAAUGCCUCAAAAUGGCCUUUCCAGCCCAGGGUCCAUCCCGGCCACUGAGAAGUUAGGGAAAACAGAUGUGACUGAGGCUUUAGAUCUCAGUGAAAAGCUGUACAUGGAUAUGAGCAAAACCCUCGGGAGUCUGAUGAACAUCAAAGACAUGUCAGGUCACGUGUCCAUGAAGCACCUCUCCCCCAAAGAGAGGGAGAGAGUCAACCAGCUUCGACAAAGAGACCUCGACCUGGUGUUCGAUAAGAUCACCCAACUCAAGAACCGGCUGGAGAGGAAAGAGGAGCUUUUGAGAGGAUAUGAAAAAGACAUUGAACAGCUCAGGCAGAGCAAAGUGUCCGUUCAGAUGUACCAGUCACAGGUGGCAAAGCUGGAGGACGACGUCUACAAACAGGCGGAAGAAAAGGCACUGCUGAAGGAGGCCCUGCAGCGCAUGGAGCACCAGCUGCACCAGGAGAAGAGGGUCAACAGGGCGAUCAGGCAGCAGAAGGAACGGUUAGAGGAUCUCGAACAAAGAAAUGCCAAAGAAUCAGCACCUUGCAACUGUUCCUUCAAAGAGAAAGAGAGGCAGAGACAAAUGUUUGUAGAGGCGGUGAAGAACAAGAUGCAGAACUCAAAUUUCCAGGUUGGAGCCAGAAAAGCCAGCCCAAAGAUUGACCAGGAAAGACAGAUGCUGAAGCGAGAAGUAUCCAGCAAGUCCAGCCAGAGCCUUCUCUCUUCUAAGCCGGGUGGAAGGAGCUAGAAAUGUCGUCCCACUGGGCCUCAUGUGAUCCUCCGUGAGUCAGCCUGACUCUCCCAUGUCCAAACACUGAGACACAUUUUUAGGACUUCAAAGGUUGUUACCCUGGUGUGUUCCUUCUCAGGCCGGCAUUUUGCACAAUGCUGUAUCUUGGAGUGUAUGGGGAGGGGCUUCUUUUUAUAGAUACCUACGUGUGUAAACAUACUCGAGCAUCUGAAGAAUAAGUUUGAAGUUCAGACUUCUAGGCCUGGUAGAUACAAUUCCAUGCUGGAGUCACAAAGUACCCAAACAUCCCACCUCCAAGGAGCUCUAAGAAACCAGACAACCCAAGGCAUGUACUGGGGCCACAGGACAGAAUGGUAACCUCAGGGCUGUUGGGAUAGUGCAUUUACAGCUGAGUUUCUUAUAAUAAAUUUGAACACCAACCUGUUUUAUCACUUCCAGAA